GCGGGCGGACACGCCAGAGGAGGAGGCCGGGGAAUGGCCGCGGUGUGGCAGCAAGUCUUAGCAGUGGACGCGAGGUACAACGCGUACCGCACACCAACGUUUCCACAGUUUCGGACGCAGUAUAUCCGCCGGCGCAGCCAGCUGCUGAGGGAGAAUGCCAAGGCUGGGCACCCCCCAGCGCUGCGUCGGCAGUACCUGAGGCUUCGGGGGCAGCUGCUGGGCCAGCGCUACGGGCCCCUCUCCGAGCCAGGCAGUGCUCGUGCCUAUAGCAACAGCAUCGUCCGCAGUAGCCGCACUACUCUUGACCGCAUGGAGGACUUUGAGGAUGAUCCUCGGGCCCUGGGGGCCCGUGGGCACCGUCGUUCUGUCAGCAGAGGCUCCUACCAGCUGCAGGCACAGAUGAACCGUGCCGUCUAUGAGGACAGGCCCCCUGGCAGCGUGGUGCCCACAUCAGCGGCAGAGGCAAGUCGGGCCAUGGCCGGGGACACAUCACUGAGCGAGAACUAUGCCUUUGCGGGCAUGUACCAUGUUUUUGACCAGCACGUGGAUGAGGCAGUCCCAAGGGUGCGCUUCGCCAAUGAUGACCGACACCGUCUGGCCUGCUGCUCACUCGACGGCAGCAUCUCCCUGUGCCAACUGGUGCCUGCCCCACCCACAGUGCUUCGCGUGCUACGGGGCCACACCCGCGGUGUCUCCGACUUCGCCUGGUCACUCUCCAAUGACAUCCUCGUGUCCACCUCACUGGAUGCCACCAUGCGCAUCUGGGCCUCUGAGGAUGGCCGCUGCAUCCGGGAGAUCCCUGACCCCGAUGGCGCUGAACUGCUCUGCUGCACCUUCCAGCCUGUCAACAACAACCUCACUGUGGUGGGGAACGCCAAGCACAACGUGCAUGUCAUGAACAUCUCCACAGGCAAGAAAGUGAAGGGGGGCUCCAGCAAGCUGACGGGCCGUGUCCUUGCUCUGUCCUUUGAUGCCCCUGGCCGGCUGCUCUGGGCAGGUGAUGACCGUGGCAGUGUCUUCUCUUUCCUCUUUGACAUGGCCACAGGGAAGCUGACCAAAGCCAAGCGUUUGGUGGUGCAUGAGGGGAGCCCUGUGACCAGCAUCUCAGCCCGGUCCUGGGUCAGCCGCGAGGCCCGGGAUCCCUCACUGCUCAUCAAUGCUUGCCUCAACAAGUUGCUGCUCUACAGGGUGGUAGACAACGAGGGGACCCUGCAGCUGAAGAGAAGCUUCCCCAUUGAGCAGAGCUCACAUCCUGUGCGCAGCAUCUUCUGUCCCCUCAUGUCCUUCCGCCAGGGGGCCUGCGUGGUGACGGGCAGUGAGGACAUGUGCGUGCACUUCUUUGAUGUGGAGCGGGCGGCCAAGGCUGCUGUCAACAAGCUGCAGGGCCACAGUGCACCUGUGCUUGAUGUCAGCUUCAACUGCGACGAGAGCCUACUGGCCUCCAGUGACGCCAGCGGCAUGGUCAUCGUCUGGAGGCGGGAGCAGAAGUAGGGUCCUGUCGGCCCUGCUGCUGUCCUCCAUCCCACCCCUCUGACUCCAGCCUCGUGUUGUAAAUAAAGUUUCGGUGGUCGUGCUGAGGGCCGGCUCCCAGCUCUGCCGGGGACGGACAGGGCAGCGGGCAGCUCCAGGAACACGGUGGAACGGGG